GAAGUAGGUGUAAAACAACAAGACGGAAGUGUGGCACAUGUGAGUUUGAACUUUGUUUAUGAUGUUUUCUCAGUUAAAAAACAGAGUUGGUGAGGUUGUGUUACCCGGAGAUGAGUUCUGCUUCCACACAGACGACACCAUCUCUCUGACGGAUCCGGCCCAGGCGGAGAAAAUGAUCUGUGGACCGGGUCUGCGGCGGAACGGAGAACGACUGGUGGUGUGUAAAAGCGGUGUGCUGCGGCACAAAACGCCGAACGUGUUUUGGAUCGAUUCCCAGCAGCGGAAGUAUGUUCCAGCUAAAGGUGAGAGUGUCAUUGGCAUUGUUACGACCAAAUCUGGAGAUGUCUUCAAGGUGGACGUGGGAGGGAGCGAGCAGGCCUCACUGUCUUACCUAGCAUUUGAGGGUGCCACCAAGAGGAAUCGGCCUAAUGUCCAGGUGGGUGACCUUGUGUUCGGUCAGUUCAUCAUCGCCAAUAAGGACAUGGAGCCAGAGCUGGCGUGUAUCGACAGUUCAGGUCGAGCCAAUGGGAUGGGUGUAUUUGGUUCUGGCGGUCUGCUGUUCAAGGUCUCUCUGGGAUUAGUGCGAAGGCUGCUGGCUCCUCAAAGUAACAUCCGCCAGGACCUGGAGAAGCUGUUUCCCUUCGAGCUGGUGGUGGGGAUGAAUGGACGAUUGUGGGUGAAAGCUGCCAGCGUGCAGCAGACACUCAUUAUUGCUAAUCUGUUGGAGAGCUGUGAAAACAUGACAGUCGAGCAGCGCCAGGCCCUCGUCAGGAAGGUGGCACAGGGGACCUUAUAGCUGAGCCCCGCCCAAUAACUCGCUAAACAUUUUAGUAUUUUUAGUGUCCCAUUUCAGAGUGUUUCAAUUCAUACAAAUAUAAUUCCCUAUGAUCAGUUUAUUCACCCACAAAAUAUUUCGCAGGCAGCAAGACGGUAUGGCCCAGAGCUUGUACACAUCCUGUCCAGUUGUAUAAGGCCUGAGCCGGAUCCCCCUAGAGUCCCUUUAUACAAAAAGUAGUGACAAUUGAGAACAUGGCGCCAUUUUGGCACCAAUUGUGCUGAACUACUGAAUGAACCUUUUAUGUUUUCAACACAUUUUUUUUAAAUCAGUUAAC